AACGCGCGCUGCGCCGACUGUCGGGCCGGCGGGGCGACAUGGGCGAGCUGGAACCUCGGCGUCACGCUGUGUAUCCGGUGCAGCGGCGUGCACAGGAGCCUCGGCACGCACGUGAGCAAGGUCAGGAGCGUCGAGCUUGACGACUGGAGCGAUGAGCAGCUCGAGCGCAUGGAGGAGGUUGGCAACGCCAAGUCGAACGAGUUCUUCGAGGCG